AUGUCGAUUGAUCCAUCGAAGCUGCCACCCGCGCAAUACGUGCCUGGCAGACAGUAUGCCAUCGAGCAUGCUGGUAGAAUCGACAAAGUACCAUUCGUGAUCACAACUGGACUCCUUUUCGGGCUCGCCAUUCUUUCCGUAUUCGUGCGCUUCGCGAUUCGCAUCUUCGGAGGGCGGAAAAUACGAUGGGACGACGGACUCGUCUUGGCAUCGUCGCUGUGUUUGGCAGUGGCGUUCGCCUGCGUCCACAAGGCUCUUAAUCCUUUCUAUCUCGUCGAAGCCAUAAACCAAAGGAAGACAAUCCCAUUCCGAGAGGACAUUCCUGCGAUCUUGGACAUCCCCAAGUGGGCGUUCAUAUUCUCCAUCUUCGGAUGGAAUUCCAUUUAUCUAGUCAAAUUUGCUUUCAUGUACUUCUUCCAUGGCCUGACCCUUGGACUGUCGGUCAGAGUCGUACGAUUUUUCUGGAUCACCGCAGGCUUUCUUGUCAUUGCUUGGAUCUAUGCCGUAGUCAACUUUGUCGUCAUAUGUGCACACUUUGGUGCAGACGCAGCUAAAUGCGGCGAUGCACAGAUGCAUAAGAGAAGUGUCGCGGGUAACGUCAUCGUUGGCGUCCUUGACAUUAUAGGCGAUAUUCUUACGAUUUGGGCACCGUAUACUGUCGGUGCUAAGGCUCUCCAGAUCCUCAAGAAGCAGCGGGCGGAGUCCCCAGCGAAGCGACGCGCUCCAUGGCAAGCACGAGGAUCCAAGCGCGCCGAGGAUCGCCACCCAGAGACCGCUAGGAGGAACAUUGAAUACCGUCAGAACAUUCAUCUGGGGUGGUAA